CGACACGACGUAAAGCGAAGGGGGAAGGCUAAAAGUCACUCGUCACUCAUACGAAGAAACACAAAAAAAGGGGGACGCACAGUGUUCCGAUUCCGACUACGCUUUCCGAUUGCAGAUGGAGGAGGCGCUCGCAGCUUCUCUCUCUACCCGAUCUCGUGCUCCACAGCGCCCACCGUCGCCUCCCGUCGUCGCUAGGUGUGAAGGUAACUCGAGGGGAAGAGGGAAUACCCACGAGACGGUCACUAGCGUACGGAGAGACGAUCGAAACCCUAACAGUAAAGUAGGUAAUGCUUCUGGUUCUGUGAGACCUUCUCCGGGAGUUACUGUUCUCCCGGCGCAAUCAGUCGCCGUCGGGGAGGGGAGCUCGAAGGUUAGUGGCGUAAAGGGGAGUUUCAGGGGAGACUUGAUGUAUAGACUUUACUUCAAGGGUUUGGUGAGCGAGGAGACUGGGACUGGGAAGGGGAAGGUGAGUGACGUGGCGGCUGGGUUUGGGGUUGCUAUUUGCGACCAGAGGGAUACUCUGUUGUUUGAGUCCAAGGGACAGCUUGUUGGCCGUGGCGCGAAUCGCCAGGGAGCGGAGAUUCAGGCGUUGACAAUAGGGUUGACCGAAGCAUGGGAGCUGGGGAUCAAACAUGUUGCUAUCUUCUGCGAUUCUUUUCCCAUCUUCCAAUACGUCAGGAGAAGCUGGACGCCUAAGCAAAAAAAGAUUGCCAUGCUAAUGGAUGAUUUGAAACUGAUCAGGCAACAAUUCUCGUUUACUCAAGCUGUUCUGGUGGCUGGAAAUGAAGUGAAAUAUGCUUAUAAACUCGCUAGGGAGUCCAUUGUUUCGCAAGCAACCCCUCAAGACAACCCCCGCCAAGCUAAAGUAGCUGCUAGGAAAGAAGAGUGUCUUAUCUGUUUUAACGAUAUCGAUCCUGAGCGCAUGUUUUCUAUCGGCAAAUGCAGUCAUCGGUUUUGCUUUCAGUGUGUGAAGCAACAUGUAGAGGUGAAGCUGCUUCACGGAAUGAUUCCGAAUUGUCCUCAUGAUAAAUGCAAGUCUGAGAUGGUGAUCGAUGCGUGUGGCAAGCUUUUGACUCCGAAAUUGGGUGAAAUGUGGAAGCAAAGGAUCAAGGAGAACGCAAUACCUGUCACCGAGAGAGUUUACUGUCCUUACCUGAAGUGUUCGGCUUUGAUGUCCAAAACCAAGAUAUCUGAAUCGGCCAAGAGCUUACAGUCUGCUUACCCUGCAUCUGGAGUCAGGAGAUGUGUCGAAUGUCGUGGCCUUUUCUGUGUGGACUGUAAAGUCCCGUGGCAUGGGAAGCUGUCAUGCGCCGAGUACAAAAAACUGCAUCCUAAUCCUCCAGCAGAUGAUGUGAAGCUAAAGUCUCUGGCGAAUAAUAAAAUGUGGCGCCAAUGUGGUAAGUGCCAGCACAUGAUUGAACUUAGUCAAGGAUGCAAUCACAUAACUUGCAGAUGUGGGCAUGAGUUUUGCUACAACUGUGGAGGAGGAUGGAACAAAAUAACAGGGACUUGUGCUAAGCAAUGCCCGACCUGGGACGAAGCAUACAUCAUGCGUCAAGAUCCAGCUCCAGCGCGUGUGUAUGUGUUGCCUAACAACUACUUUGAUGAUUAUGAUGAGGAUGAAUAUGAUGAGGAUGAAUAUGAUGAUUAUGAAGCUGAUGAAGAUUUUGGUUACGGCUAUGGUGACUUCCCCUUUAAUUUGGAGCACCAUAUGAAUGAUGUUAAUCCUGAAGCGCCCUUUGAUCUGCCAGAUGAAGAAGAAGAAGAAGAAGAAGAAGAAGAAGAAGAAGAAGAAGAAGAUGAGGAAGUGGAAGAAGAAGAAGAAGAAGAGGAAGUGGAAGAAGAAGAAGAAGAUGAGGAAGUGGAAGAAGAAGAAGAAGAAGAAGAAGAAGAAGAAGAUGAGGAAGUGGAAGAAGAAGAAGAAGAUGAGGAAGUGGAAGAAGAUGAGGAAGUGGACGACUGCCCUUCCUUUGGAACUGAUGAAGAGUACGAUAUAGUAUAUGACUCGGACGGCUAUGAAAGCGAGGAUUACUAUUGAGGUGUAACUAUCGAGGUGUAAUUUGGAACCAAAGUUGUUCUCUUUCGCUUUAUGAUCCAUCGACUGUAAAUUUAUUGGUGGAUCAUAUGUUUUUAUGACUUGUUGCGUUUGAGUUUGGGAGAUUCAGGAGUGAGAAAUUUGUAGAAACCUUGGUUUGAAGGUAAAGCUUUGUUUUGCAUACAAAUGUCAUUGACGAAACUGUCACAUAUAACUUUUAAA